AUGGCUCCUACUAAGAAAAGGAAGGAAACACCUUCAAGUGACUCUGAGCAUGAUGUCAAACAGAAUAUUCAAGACAUCAUGCCACUAAAUAAAGUUGUUGGGAAAAAGGUCCCUACUAAUGUGCCUGAAGUUCCCAUUGACAACAUCUUUUUUCACUCUGUUGAGAAUGUUGGAAAAUGUAAGUUUGAGUACCAAAGGAGGUUGGCUUUGGAAAUAGAACUUGGGAAGGAUGACCUUGAAUGUAAGGAGGUAGUAAGUAUUAUUGAGAAUGUAUGGUUAAUGAAGAGUGUUGUUGGGUUUGGUAAGUAUUAUGAAACACUAGUAAAGGAGUUCAUUAUAAACAUUCCUACGGAUUGUGACAAUAAGAAGAGUAAGGAGUACAUAAAGUUGUAUGUGAGAGGUAGAGGUAUGAAGUUUUCUCCUAAGGUGAAUAAUAAGUUUAUGGGAAGGUGUGAGGAUGAGCAGACUGAAGUAGAAGUAAUUGAUAACAAUGUUUACAAAGAAAUCACUGCCAAACAGGUGUCACAAUGGCCAAGAAAAGGCAAGCCGUCAACUAGCAAGUUGAGUGUGAAGUAUGUUAUGCUUCAUAGGAUAGGAGCUUCCAAUUGGAUUCCUACAAAUCAUACCUCAACCAUAGCUACUGGUUUGGGUAAAUUCACUUACAUUGUUGGAACCAAAACCAUGUUUGAUUUUGGGUCUUAUGUUUUUGAGAAAACCCUGAAGCAUACUAGUACUUUUGUUGUGAAAAUGCCUAGUGUUUUUACCUCUCUAAUUUAUGGAAUAAUUCCGAGUCAUCCCCCUGGGAUCUUGAUCAGUUCUGAUGCAACAAGUAAUAGGGAAUCUCCUUUAUCCUUGCAUUAUAGGUUGUUUGCAGAGACAUGUGUCCCAAACAUUGUCGUGACAUCUGGUGAGGGAAUUUCCAUCUCAACCUCAAAGGAUGGAAUAAUUAUUAAACUGAAAGAUACCUAUAAGGCUUUGGAUGAAACCGUCAAAACUUGCACUGAAAAGAAAAUCAGACUGGAAAGACUGACAAACGCUUUAACUGAAGAGGUGUCACGGUGA